UCUGCCUCUCAAGUACUAGGAUUAAAGGUGUGUGCCACCACACCUAACUGGCUUUACAUUUUUUUUAAGACAAGUUCUCACUGAGUAACCUGGGCUGGUCUGGAACUCAGGAAGUUCCUGCUUUCAGCUCUGGAGUGCUUGGGAUUCUAAGCCUGCAAAGCCAUGCCUGGCUAUGUGUGGAACUCUUUCAACCACCUGUUGACAUUCAGCAAACAAUGCUGACCCUGGAUUUAAACUUUUGUUGUUGUUACUGGGCAACAACCAUGAUCACAUUCUCAAAUUUCAUUAAAGCUAAUGGCAGGGCAGUGAAUUCCUGAGUCAGACUGGCUGACUUCACAACACUGUGCACUCAUUCCUUCCUGGUGAAUGUCACACAAUGUUAAGACUAGUUGUUGAGGGUGAUAUCAUGUAUUUACCCUUCCAUUUUGGAGGAUUUAUAGCUCUGAGGAAGCAAUAAGGUGAUUAACAAAGAGGAAAUCACUGCUGAAUUAACAGGUCAAGGUAUACUCACACACUUUCUCUGAACUGGCUGACUGCUCUGGAGAAUUAAAGUAAUAAUGAGACUUACACAACAUGCUUCCCCAAGGACCAAAUGAGACCCUGUUUGGGCCUAAUCAAUACUUAUAUGCAAAGAUUGGUGUCUGUGAUAUGUUAGUUUUCUUGCUCCAUUACAAAGUAUGUCAAGAAAAAUCAACUCAAAGAAGGGAAGGUUUACUUUGGCUCGUGGGUUCGGUUUGAGGAAGGUGGCAAAGCCUGUGGCAGAGGAGGCUGCUCACUUCAUGGUAGCCAGGAAACAGAAAAAACGAGAAAGGAAAGGUCUGGAGACAAAAUGAACCUUUCAAAGCCACGCCCCAAGAAUCUACUUUCUCCAGCAAGGCCCCCACCUCCCCAAAUUCACACCUUAACAGAACUCCUUAAUUUCUCCAGCACAGUACAGGACUCUUAGCCAACCUCCUUCUGUUCCUGUAUUAACUGAGGGCUUAAGUCUUCAUUCCAGCCAUACUUUCUCCAUCUGGGCUGAACAGUGAGGCAAGCGGUGCAAUCAAAUGAAAUAUUUUGGUGCAAGCAAAAAAACCACCAGCUACCCUCCCUGCCUCCAUCCUUUAUACAAGAUGCAUCUGGAAUGGAUACAGUCAGCCAUGUCCUGGAGGCUGCAGCAAUCCGGGAAAGAGGAUCACUAGGAAGUCCCACCACUUACCCAUACAGAUGACUGUCUGUCUGUCUGUCUAAUCUAUCUAUCAUCUAUCUAUCUAUCUAUCAUCUAUCUAUCAAUCAAUCUAUCAUCUAUCUAUCUAUCUAUCAUCUAUCUAAUUUGCAUUCCACUGUCUGCAGCCUCCUUGGGUUUAUUCAGUGUCAGAAGGAACAGAGUCCACUUGUCAGCCUCAAGGACACAGUGCAGGCUCCAGCCACCUCCCAGCACCUCCCUCCUUCCUGUCUUAUAUAUAGCCUGACUCCCAGUUACAGAGGCUGUAGGAUCCGCAGAGUGCAGAGGGGCCCUUUACAAGGGGGGUUUCUGAUCAAAGCAUCAACUCUACCUUCUCAAGCAGCAGCUACACUGUGUCAGGUAUCACUUUUAGAGAUUCGAAGAUCAUUGAAACUAAUCACUUCCCUUGAGAAACUCACAAUAUAAGAAAAGUAAGGACGUAAGCAGAGGAGGGAUGGUGUGGUCGCACAGUGCAGACUGAAUUCAAAGCAUGCCUCACCUUCAUGGUGGAUUUGGAAGAACCCAGUUAAUGCCAAGAAGGAAACACACAUCUCUGAAACAAGGACUCCACAGACAGAAGUACAGACAGAACAGGCCACUCCAUAUCUCUACCAUGGCUCGCUGUGUGCCCAGCAGUGGAAACUGUCUCUGCUCCACUCAAUUGAGACAGGUACAAAACAAAUCACCCAAACAGAAGGUACAUUGUACUCAGCAUUCUGAUUAGCACCUAGCUGUCUAGGGCAGAGAAGGGGAAAGAUUAAUUCUAAUUUGGGUCCUAAGUACAAAGACCAUUGGGAAUGGGAGGGGAGAGGUCUCUCCUAAGGGAUCUGUGGUUGGGCAAAGUGGAAAUUAAGGCGGGGCUGGGGCUGCAGAUCCGUCUUGGGAGAAAGGGGGAGGAGAAAGACUAGACAGAGGAGGGAUUGGGGCAAGAGAGAGGGUGGGGCCAGUGGGCUCCUCCUUCUGCCCCUGCACUCUCGCUAGUCGACCUGUUUUCUACUGUCCUGAGAAACAGGUGAGCCACAGUUCCUGGGGCCGCUGCCAGGGGCAGGGCACAGGCCAUGGGAGUGGGGCUGGCAUGGGCAAAGGGGAUCUGUGACCUCUUGCUACAGAGAGGUCAGGGAUCUAGCAGGGCUGGUUGCCUGGUGUAAAGUACCUUGGGAUUGACUUUGCUCUUUUUCGGAGAAAUGAAAAGGUGUCUGUCCCCCUCCCCACUGGCCUCCCAGCCUCUGUGCUGAUUCCUGGGAGGAAACUUGAACUCUGAGUUCAGUGGCUUGGGGGAAGAGGUUUGGGUCUAGCAGAUAUGGGUACAGAAGAGAACAGGGGUCAUCAGGGCCUCUAGGGCUUGCCCUAGGACUUUCUAAGACUUUCUCACUUAGUUGGUGUCCCUGUGGCCUUGCUGAGGCUGUGUGCACAUUCUCCUCAGACCAGAGCAUGGGCUGACUCUUCUAUAGUGGAGAGCAGAAGACUGGCCUGACUGGUGCCCUGGGAGGGGCCAUGGUGCCAGGGCAGUUGUGGGGGAAACUGAAGCAGCCAUUUCUCUUCCUGAGCAGCGCCUCCCUCCUCCUGGGGCUGGCUCUGCUGGUCAUACAGCCCAAUGUUGCUCCUGUUGCUUAUUUCUUCCUCUGCGUGGCUGGCUUCUUCUUUCUCGCCUGCCUCCUGGCCUGUGUUGUGGAACAGAGUCUCCGAUCAAUGCAGAGAUCCACACAGACUGAGAAUCCAGGGACCUCAGGCAAUGCAAGGGACAAUGAAGCUUUUGAGGUACCAACCUAUGAACAGGCCGUGGUGGUGAUGGACUCACAAUCACAGCACCAUAUCCAAGAACUGGAGCAACCACCUCCUUACAGCAGUAUUGUAAUAGCCCCAGAAGCUGAGGCGGGACAGCCUAGCCAACCAGAAAUGGCCGGGACAGGCAGACUGGAAAGGCGAGUGGGCUCAGAGGGGACUAUGAGCCAGAGAGGAAACCCCGGAAGAGCUCUUCGACUUCGGGGUCCACGGGUUGUGGCCACUGCUCCUGACCUGCAAAGCUUGAGGGUGGUACCCAAAUUGGAGCCUACUACACCACCCCCUGCCUAUGAAGUCUGUUUUCCUCUCCCUGAUGAUGACAGUGUUUUCUAUGAAGACAAUUGGGCACCCCCCUGAUUGAUUCUCAGGACCUGUCAUCUCUCCACAUCAGACCUACUCAUUUGCCCAGCAUUUCCCAGUGCCUACCGAUCAGAAACUGGUUUUGCCUGGGCAUCACAAAUGGGGCCUUGAAACCAGCAAAGUGUCAGGCUGUGACAAGCCCUUCCCAGUGGAGAUGUAGGUGGCCACAACCUGAUGUUUCUGGCAACAUUCCAGAACCGACCUAAGGACCAGCACUUCCAGACUUAGGCUGAAGGCGAGAGAGAGAAAUGACCCAGAGAAACUAGAGAAGUCAUCUCUGAGUGACACACCUGUGUCACAUCUAUUCAGAUGCCCUGCCUCCCUUGGAUUCCUCCUGAAACAUGAGAGUCAGGGGAGCUGGAUAACUUGCACAAGGACAGACUGCUAGUAAAAACAUAAAAAU